UUGCCUGUCACUGCCAUUUGUAGCCAGGUGGUGGAGCCAUCAGGUGCAUGUUUCUCCUCUGCAGGAAACCACGGUAACCCCCUGGCUAUCGGAGGGUACUACUAGCCUUGUCUGAGCCAGAAAUGCCAAUAGGGCACGAGCCGAUCUCCUGUUCCUGUAAAGUGAUGCAGUUUUUGUUUACUUAGCGAAAGCGUUCAGAUCUAGAUUAAGUGUCUAGGGGGAGGGACUAGAGGUUGUUUCUAGACGUUAAUUUAGUUGUGUCUGUCCCUGAUUAGGCCUGCCUGGACAGCUGUCCCACACUAUGAUCUCAUUCAUCAGGCCAGGCUAAUCUUCUCAACGAUAUCCUCUCAUCCAGAGGCCAUGUAUCACCCUCUGUUAUGUAAGACUCCUACACAAUUAGAUAUCUGUAGAAAAGAGUACAAUUAAGCAGAAAAAGAGUAGAAUUUAGUCACAAUUUACAUAUGGAGAGUCUUUGUUCCACUGUAGAUGCAACCACACAAUAUAAUUUCACAAUGUAACAGCACAGUAAUACAAUGUUACUAGAGUCAUUACAUUUUUAUUGUGUAGUUACAUUGUAUCUAAAGUGUUACCAAAUUAAAGGUGCAUUGUGUCCUCAGAGGAUUCAACUAGACUGAAGUACUAAGCUAAUCAGAUAAUACAAGAGAUUACAGUAACCUUAAAUCCUUCAUGAACAACACAAUCAGUUAAGUGCAGGACUGUCAAUCCGCUAAUCAAUUUAUCAUCCUUACCAUGUCACACAUUCAUCUGUUGUGAAAGCCAUUGUAAGCAACAUGUUCUACCCUACCAGAAGGUUCUAUCUUACCAGAGGGACCUCAAGGACACUUUCCCUUCCCAAUUACCAUUCAUUGUUGCAGAAUGGCCUGAGAUGCGUCAGUGUCGUAUCUUUUCCUUAGACGGAUCCAUAAUCAGCUUUCAAGUACCUCAGGUAAGCAAAUCAUGAUCGAACUUGACACUGUGCUUCCUAUUUCAUUCAGGUCCUGCCCCUUACCUGAAUAGGAUCGACUCAAUCUUCUCUACAGUGUCUGAACCUGGAUAUCACAGUCAAUGACAGUUGCUUCACUUUGGUUGUUAAUCCCAUCAACCAACAAAUGUACCAUAGGAUUUUCUUUGUGUGUAGGAUUGAUAUACAGUGCAGCAUAGCACACUGAAUGACUCAAUGAGAGUACAGUUAAUAUUUUGGUGUAAACAUACUAUACAUUGGAUGUAUUGAUUUCUGAUCACAUGAUAUCUCUGGAUGAUUGAUCCGACUAACAAGUGUUAUCUCAGUGUGGACUGAAGGGAGUUCAAAUCUACAUUGUCAGAGAUGACCAGUCAUUUUUGCUCUAUUGUGAGGUGGAUUGGCCACGGGCUUUUGCCUGUUGAACCUAUUUGUACAGUAAUGAGAUUAGUGGGUUAAUCCAGGAGUCAGGAAUAGACCUGCUGCUCUUCCUCCUGAGGGAGGUACAGUACAUGACUAAGGAGGAGAGAAGAGGAGCGUCCAGGGAGGUGUCUUAACGUCCAGAGCCAUGCCACGGUUCAACCUACACCUCUGAUGUUCCUCCUUUCUCUGACUCCUCUCAACGGAGGCAGCCCAGGAUGCUGUAUUCCCAUGGAUCAAAAUACCUGUUCCUGGUGAGAUACAUGGCACUGCCAGUCCAGAGAUGAGCAUAACGAAUGCAGUGGAUGGUGUCGUUGCCAAACCCUAAUUUCCAGAGAUAAUCCAGGCUGAUUAACUGAAGACCCGUGGUGGUGCAGGACUACUAAAGCUUAGAUUUAAAGCAUCUGAGCAGACUACUGUCUGUGGUCCAACGUGGGCAUGUGGAGUCGUUUUAGGUUGAUGUCUGAAGAUGCUGACGAUCACUAGCUCCACAUCCUUGUUGCUACAGGUGUAAGUGCUGAGGAUACUUUAUUUGACUAUUUCGAGGUUGCUGUUACUUUGUUAAUGUGUUUAGGUUUUUAUCUUAGACUGUGUAUGUGUGUGUGUUUGUGUGUGUGUGUGUGUGUGUGUGUGUGUGUGUGUGUGUACGCAUGCCAAGGCACUGCCAUGGCAGUGGAUGUCUGCCUGAGUAUUCCGUCCUCUAGUACUCCACCCUCAGACGAGCAGUGGAGUCCCCUACCGCUUCAUGGAGUCAGUCAGAACCCCCCGGGCGAAUUACACGUUGGUCGGGGAGGUGAUACGUCAUGUCAUACCUGGAACCACACAGUGCUCCAUAGGGUGUGGAGGUCUGAACUGCAAGUAUGAGGACCCUGACCGCUGGAGCGAGGACGAGCAGGCCAUCAAAGGCCUCUACUCCUCCUGGGUCACAGAGAACCUACUUGCCAUGGCCAGGCCCUCUACUGCAUUAAUAGAAAAGUACAACAUCAUUGACCAAUUUAAAAGAUGUGGCCUAAAGACCGUGAUAAACCUGCAGAGACCAGGGGAACACGCCAGCUGUGGUCCCAACACACUGGAACCAGAGAGUGGAUUCUCCUACCGACCUGAGGUGUUCAUGGAGAAUGAUAUAUAUUUCUAUAACUUUGGAUGGAAUGACUACGGGGUGGCCUCCCUCACAUCCAUCCUGGACAUGGUGAAAGUCAUGUCCUUUGCGAUGCAGGAGGGGAAAAUGUCUGUCCACUGUCAUGCUGGUCUGGGAAGAACAGGUGUGUUGUUAGCGUGUUACCUGGUCUUUGCCACCAGGAUGACCGCUGACCAGGCCAUCGUGUUUGUACGUUCUAAACGUCCCAACUCCAUCCAAACCAGAGGUCAGCUGUAUUGCGUGCGGGAGUUUGCCCAGUUCCUGGUCCCCAUCAGGAGUAUUUUCUCCUGCGCUGAGCCCAGGACUAACCCAGUCACCCUGUCCCAGUUCCUGACCCGCCAGAGACACAUGCUGCACGGCUAUGAGCGACGGGAGCUCAGGCACCUGCCCAAGAUCAUCCAUGUGAUCUGCAAGCUGCUGCUGGACAUCGCUGAGCACCGUCAGGUUAUCGAGGAGGACAUGCUGGACGUCAAUGACAUGACCGCCGAGGAGGAGAUGGAGUUUGAGCGCUACUACGACUUUGGCUUCACCAAGGGUAGCUUCGGGGGAGGCAGCAUGGGGGACCGGCCCCGCUUACCGGGACCCCCAACGAAACACCGACACGCCAACGAACCGGCCCUCUUCUACCACCGCAAGAGCCUGAGCUACAGCGAGUCGGACGUGCAGAGGCUAGGCUCUGAACUCCACCUGCUGACCCAACCUCUCUCCAACUUUCUGUCCGCUAGCAACGUGUCUGUGGCCUGUUCUCCCUCCCUGAACUCCCUGCAUAGAACCCUGGCCACGGUCAGCCCUGUCACCACCACGUACAGCUCCCAAAAUGGAUCCUUCCCCCAUGGGUCCCUCUGGGAGCAGAAGAGCCUGGCGGAGGGAUCCCCACUCCUAAAGAAGAGGCAGAAAGCCUGCCAGAGCAGCGAGUCUGAGUGCCACCCUAAGCAGAAAACGUUUGGCAGCAUGUUGUUUAGGUGGAGGAAGAAGCAGAGGGAGAUUUUAGAGAAAAAUGAGAAUGUGUCCCACGUGUUUCAGAUAGAGGAGUCAGAGGUGCCCUUCAUCACCAUCCAGACAGAGCUGUCCAAGGAGGCCAGGCGGGUGCUGGUGGCCCAGGCCCUGGCUGUGGAUCUGGAGCUGGAUGGAGAGGAGGAACACAGGGAGAGACUCCACGCCUGGCAGUCCGGGUUAAACAUGGGAGGGGCGUGGGAGAGGCUGUGUACAUUGGAGAAGGACCCGUUUGUGCUCUCUGGGCUGAUGUGGACCUGGCUGGAGCAGCUGAAGGAGCCAGUCAUCUCCGUCAGAGAUGUACAGAAACUGGACCUUAACGACAGUGACCCUGCAAACCCAGAGGCUGUCUUCAAACCACUGGACCAGGCUCCCAGGGAGAUGUUGAUGUGCAUUCUGGACUGUAUGGCUCAUGUUCUCACAAUACCAGAAGAGGUGGAGGCUGCUUUCCUGGAGCGCACCAUCAAGGCUUUCACCAAGAUGGGACAAUGCUCAGCGGUGUAUCCGGCCAUGACAGAGAUCCUCAGGCUGGUCCUACAUGACAUGAGGUUUAUAGCCAUAGAGGAGGAUGAGGUACCAUUUAUGCCUCCUGGCCCCAUUAUGCUGACCCCAUAGCCCUGCUGGAUUCUGUUCCAGACUGUCCCUAUGUAGAGACUUGUUAUAUAUUAAACAGCCAUAUACAGUGGCAAGAAAAAGUAUGUGAACCCUUUGGAAUUACCUGGACUUCUGCAUCAAUUGGUCAUAAAAUUUGAUCUGAUCUUCAUCUAGGUCACAACAAUAGACAAACACAUUCUGCUUAAACUAAUGACACACAAACAAUUAUAUGUUUUCAUGUCUUUAUUGAACACACACCAUGUAAACAUUCGAAGUGCAGGGUGGGAAAAGUAUGUGAACUCUUGGAUUUAAAAACUGGUUGACCCUCCGUUGGCAGCAUAACCUCAAGCAAACGUUUUCUGUAGUUGCGGAUCAGACCUGCACAGCGGUCAGGAGGAGAAUUUUGAACCAUUCCUCUUUACAAAACUGUUUCAGUUCAGCAAUAUUCUUGGGAUGUCUGGUGUGAACUGCUCUCUUGAGGUCAUGCCACAGCAUCUCAAUCGGGUUGAGGUCAGGACUCUGACUGGUCCAUCCCAGAAGGCGUAUUUUCUUCUGUUGAAGUCAUUCUGUUGUUGAUUUACUUCUGUGUUUUACGUCGUUGUCCUGUUGCAUCACCUAACUUCUGUUGCGCUUCAAUUGGCGGACAGAUAGCCUUACAUUCUCCUGCAAAAUGUCUUGCUAAACUUGGGAAUUAAUUUUUCCGUCAAUGAUAGCAAGCUGUCCAGGCCCUGAGGCAGCAAAGCAGCUCCAAACCAUGAUGCUCCUUUCACCAUACUUUACAGUUGGGAUGAGGUUUUGAUGUUGGUGUGCUGUGCCUUUUUUUCUCCACACAUAGUGUUGUGUGUUCCUUCCAAACAACUCAACUUUAGUUUCAUCUGUCCACAUAAUAUUUUGCCAGUAGCGCUGUGGAACAUCCAGAUGCUCUUUUGCGAACUUCAGAUGUGCAGCAAUGUUUUUUUUGGACAGCAGUGGCUUCUUCCGUGGUGUCCUCCCAUGAACACCAUUCUUGUUUAGUGUUUUACGUAUUGUAGACUCGUCAACAGAGAUGUUAGCAUGUUCCAGAGAUUUUUGUAAGUCUUUAGCUGACACUCUAGGAUUCUUCUUAACCUCAUUGAGCAUUCUGCGCUGUGCUCUUGCAGUCAUCUCUGCAGGACGGCCACUCCUAGGGAAAGUAGCAACAGUGCUGAACUUUCUCCAUUUACAGACAGUUUGUCUUACCGUGGACUGAUGAACAUCAAGACUUUUAGAGAUACUUUUGUAACCCUUUCCAGCUUUAUCCAAGUCAACAUUUCUUAAUCUUAGGUCUUCUGAGAUCUCUCUUGUUCGAGGCAUGGUUCACAUCAGGCAAUGCUUCUUGUGAGUAGCAAACUCAAAUUUGGAAGGGUUUUUAUAUGGCAAGGCAGCUCUAACCAACAUCUCCAAUCUCGUCUCAUUGAUUGGACUCCUGACUCCAAAUAGCUUUUGGAGGAGUCAUUAGCCUAGGGGUUCACAUACUUUUUCCAACCUAGACUGUGAAUGUUUAAAUGAUGUAUUCAAUAUAAUUUGUGUGUUAUUAGUUUAAGCAGACUGUUUGUCUGUUUUUGUGACUUUGAUGAAGAUCAGAUCUAAUUUUAUGACCAAUUUAUGCAGAAAUCCAGAUAAUUCCAAAGGGUUCACAUACUUUUUCUUGCCACUGUAUGUUGUGCCUUCCUGCGCAGUUUGGGUUGUUUUGAAUCCACAGUUUUUGUUAUUUUGUCAUCACAUAUUGUACUUUAAGUGUAUUGUAUAUAAUAUAUGAUUUGUUUACCUCAAUAUUGUACAGUUACAAUGCAGACCCAAAGAAAUGCAGUUUAUUUCAGAGUUUAAAAUUAAAGUGUCAGUUUGGUUUUGUUAAGCAGAUCAAGGUGGAGUAUUUGUUACAGUAUAUGCCUUAAAGACUUGUAGUUAUAUUGAACAUGUAACAUCCAACACAACACACUUCAUCUCCACAUAAAGCCAGCUCAGUGAUUAUCACCAUCCCUGUACAGAAAUGUGGUAUUACACAAAAAUAAAGUAUCAUGGCACGGUAAACUGCAAUGGUUUUCCCAUUCAUUCGUGCAUGGGCAGGCUUAACAUAAUGGCAAUAUUCAUCUGCAUUAGUUAUUGAUUACAAUGUCAAUUGCAUAAACAAAUGGUUUAUAAAGCAGGCACAAUAGCAGUGAUUAAACUAGUCUUAAACAGUGGUGGAAAAAAGACCCAAUUUUCAUACUUGAGUAAAAGUAAAGGUACAGUUGAA